AUGGGAAUUCGUGGAGACGGCGUGGAGGCCAAGGAGAAUAUUAGCUGCACUAUUGUUGAUAAUGUGCCAUCACAUGUAUCGCUUGAUGCCAACGAGCAGCUUGUCUUCUUGAAGAAUGGGAAGUACCAUUCGAAAGAGGGGAUAGCCGGGAUUUUGAGCCACCCUAAGUCUAUGCAGUAUGACAGUUUGAGUGAACGGUUGCAGCACCAAGACGAUUACGGGCUGCCCCAGCAUCGGCUGGUGCUGCUGGUGCAUGGACACCAGUCGCACAAAAAUGCCACUUACCAACCUCUGCUUGCAGCGAAGCUGAGUAAGCUGGGGUACUUCGUGCUUAGAAUUGACUUUCGCGGAAUGGGGGACUCUGAGGACAACAGAGAUGCGACAGUUGGUCGUAGCAUUCAGCAGGAUGUGGAGGAUGUUGCUACAGUAUACGACUUUGUUAACGAUAAAGUGCUCUGCGAACGGGUUUGCGGUAUGAAGCUUUCAUUGGAUACAAUUGUUGCACAUUCACGCGGUGUAUUGGCGAUGUUUGAGUUUGCCAGGGCAUAUCCUGAAAAGCACGUCGCGAAUCUUGUCAAUUCUUCUGGCAGAUUUGACGGACAGGGAUUGUUGCAUAAGAGAUUGAAAAAUUCAAUUGAGUGGCGGAAAGAAGGCGGGUUUUGGUGCGAUUUAGCUCGUCAUGGAACAACUGUUAAAAGUUGGAUUCCAAAAGCCGAGACUCUGAGUGCAAUUAAUUUGGAUACUAAGAAAUUCAGUGAAAUAAGUUCUAAAACCUGGGUUUUAUCAUGCUACGGUAGUGAGGAUAGUGUUAUCCCCAGCGACGCAGCUGGUAAAUACUCAAACCUUUUCUGCGGUAGGCAUACUUUAGAAAUUGUUCCUGGGGCCGAUCAUAACUAUUACGGUCUACCUGCUGAUCCCAAUCCUCUGAAUUUGCCAUUCCGCAAGGGACUGGUCAACUAUUGCUAUGUCCUUGUUGAUAAAAUAAGCGACUUUUUAUCAUGGGAAAAUCAAUUGGAUAGAUUUUACAAAAAAACUAAAUAUAUUCUGGGUGCAAGUAUCAAUCCAGCUGAUAUCAGUCCACGUUGGCCCUUGCCAUAUGAUUUUUCUAAGAUUUCGAACUUCAGAGAUCUGGGUGGCUAUUCAACAAUGUUUCACAACAGAAGAGUUAAAACCUGUUGCAUAUAUCGUUGUGCAAACCCAUGCGACAUUACGAAAGAAGCUGAAGCAUAUUUCAAUUACAAACUUAACAUAAAACGUGUUUUUGAUUUGAGAUCGAGUACCGAAUCUGUGGAGAAUGGGGUAAUCUCUAUUGAUAUUCCUAAUUUAGUGGAGAAUAUUUCGUUCAACAGUAACGCAAGUAUGUCACCAGAUGUCAUGGCUGAACAUUAUCAAGGUCUUUUAGUAUCAUCUUAUAGCUUCCCCAAGGCGUAUAUGAUAGUCUUAAGAAAUUCAUUGGAUUCGAUGAGAAAAUUUUUUCAAUAUAUCUUGGCAGGCAGCUGUCACUCUAAAAGUGCAUUAGUAUUUCAUUGUACCGCCGGUAAGGACAGAACAGGUAUUUUGGGUAUGCUACUCUUAUCAAUCUUAGGUGUUGAUGAUGACACAAUUGCUAAGGAUUACGAAUUGACCACAAUUGGGUUAAAGACUGAAGUGAAGCUAUUGAAGAAGUUGGAAGCGAGAGGUGACUUGUACUACACUAUGCUGGGAAAGGAUUCUGAAAGACUAACAGAAAUGUAUAAACUGACUCCAGAAAAGAUGUGCAAAACACUUUUGUCAUCGAGGUAUGAAGCUAUGCGCUGGUUUAUUGACGACUUCAAUGAGAAGUACAAAUCUGUCGAGCAUUUUUUCUUGAACGAGUUGCACUUCAGUUUACAUGAUAUCGGAAAACUAAGGGACAUACUUUUGGAAUAA